GCCCCUACAUCUGGAGCCUUGCGGCCCGAAGCUUGCGAGGUGUGCAAAUCAGCACACGAGGAGGUCGUUGAGGUCGUCGACAUCACCCCGGUCAUUCCCCAGAAGCAGUCGGCUUCGGGCAAAUUCUACGGCCGGUCGGUGCUGAACAGACUGCAGGGCUGCUGGUUCAGACAGGAUGGCCAGAUGAUCGCGCAGAUCAUCGACUCGCUGGUGAUUUUCAGCAACAACUCUGUGGCGGUUCUGUCCCCUCGCAGCGAAUCGCAGGUCUGCCUGUCGCUCGGAGGGGAUCGGAUGUUUGGCACCUUCAUCGACGAUGCGCAGGCCUCCCUUCGUUGGAGCGAUGGCGAUGUCUGGCUGCGGAAAUGA